AAAUAUUAGCUAGUCAUCAUUUUUCUCUAGCAAAGCAUUUUAAAUAAAAUUCUCGAUCAGUGCGAAUCAUUCUAGUUUAGUUGCGAGAUUAUUUCACUUUUAUUCAUUGCUUUGACGUGGUAUUUAGAAGUGAUAUUUUUGUAUUUAAGUGUAAAAAGCGAUGGCAGAUACGGAGACAAAUCCAGAAAAAUGUCUAGAAACUUCGGAAAAUGAUCAAAUCAUUAAAGAUUGUGAAAAAGUUGAGACACAAAACGAACGUUUUUUCAAAUCUAACGGCUGGAAAACUACAUUUUUUAUAGUUUUGGUUUCACUCUUUGUUCGAAGCCUAAUUCAUGCCAAAGCGCCGAAAUAUCAUAAAAAUGCCGAUGGAUUUUUAGAUUUGGUACCAGAGAAGUAUGCAGAUAGUGAAUUAGUUGAGUGGACACCUGCACCACCUCCGAUCAGUCGACCGGACGAGCCAGGGAAUUUAGGUCAAGCCGUUGUUGUUCCCGAAGAGCGAAAAGAAGAGGCAACCAAACGAUUUUCGGAAAAUCAAUUUAAUAUCAUUGCAAAUGAAAUGAUGUCAUUGAAUCGAAGUAUGCCUGAUGUUCGCUAUCCAGAAUGCAAAGAGCUAAACAUCCCGAAAAAAUUACCUCAAGUUUCCGUGGUUAUAGUAUAUCACAAUGAGGCGUGGUCAUCACUAAUUCGUACCGUUUGGAGUGUUAUCACACAAUCGCCCCGGGAACUGAUAAAAGAAAUAAUUUUGGUGGAUGAUUUUAGUACACUCGACCAUUUGGGAAAACCGUUGCAAGAUUAUGUUGCAAAUUUUCCCGUUCCCGUGAAAUUGGCGCGGACAUUGUCUCGUGUGGGAUUGAUUCAAGCGCGUUUAUUGGGCGCCAGCAAAUCGACGGCUACUGUUCUAGUUUUUCUCGAUGCGCACUGCGAAUGUAUUCAAGGCUGGCUGGAGUCACUAUUGGCGCCAUUAGUUGAACGUCGAACAACAGUCUCAGCUCCAGUUAUCGACGUAAUAGACUAUAACACCAUGGAAGUGCGUACGGCUGCAAUAAACUCGCGCGGUUCAUUUGACCUGUCGUUAACGUUCACAUGGGAUCCGAUUCCGCAAUCGGUUUUAGAUUCAUUAAAAAAUGACCGUACAGCUCCUAUCCCUUCUCCAGCCAUGGCCGGAGGACUUUUUGCGAUUGAUCGUGAAUAUUUCUACAACUUGGGCACAUAUGAUGAUAAAAUGAAGAUCUGGGGAGGUGAGAAUCUAGAGGCUUCUGUUCGUAUUUGGGCAUGUGGAGGUAGACUUGUAAUGGUUCCGUGUUCUCGGGUUGGUCACAUAUUUCGUGACAAUGCACCGUAUGUUCUGCCUGGUGGAGCUGAUCAUAUAAUUUCACAUAAUUUAGCGAGAAUGGCCGAAGUUUGGCUCGAUGAAUACAAAGACACAUUUUAUACAUAUAAUCCGCGAUCAUGGAGAGAACGGACAAAUGUCACCGAACGCAAACUACUACGAGAGAGACUUCAAUGCAAAUCAUUCAAAUGGUUUUUGGAAAAUGUUUUCUCCGAAAGUCCAUUCAAUAUUAAAAACUAUAAAGUGGUCGAGAUCGAAAGUCUCUAUGAAGAUGAAACGUGUUUGGAUUCAAUGGGCGAUUCACGUGUUUUAAAUCGUAAACUAGAAGUAAAAGUCUGUCAUCACCAAGGCGGCAAUCAGGUUUUCAUGAUUACGGAAAAAGGCGAAAUUCGUGAGAAAAAAUUCUGUUUGGACGCCACAAUGCCAGGUGAACCGGUAAAGAUGCUUGGCUGUCACGGUGAAGGUGGAAAUCAACGAUGGACGUAUGAUGAGAGCGCAAACCUGAUCAAACAUUCAACCGGAAAGAAUUGUCUAACAUUACAAGACGACUCCGAUUUGUUGACGAUUGAAGAGUGUGAUGGAUCAUUGGCUCAACAAUGGCGUAUUCACAAGCCGCUCUUGGGAUACAAAUGAAAUGCUUUAAUUGAGUCGUAAAUUUAUUCAACAAUCUUGUCGAUUUUUAAUACAUUUGAAAAAAAAAUUGUGGAAUGUCUUGACGCAUGUUAACAGGUUUAUUUUGGCACGAGUCGCAUAGAUUUCCGCUAAUUUUUUUUUCAAACUAUCACGUCUUUAAGUUUAUAAAUAAAACAAUAAUAAUUUCGAAUA